AUGGAUGAACCACUUAAGUAUUUGGCCGGUUUCGGUAACGAAUUUCAAUCGGAAGAUCCGAGGUAUCCAAAUUCUUUACCGAUUGGACAAAAUAAUCCUCAGGUUUGUCCUUAUGGAUUAUAUGCAGAACAACUUUCUGGUACUGCUUUUACAGCACCGAGAGGAGAAAAUAAAAGGACUUGGUUCUAUAGGAUAAGGCCAUCGGUUAUACACGAACCUUUUACACCGAUUAAAUCAAACACAACCGUAAGGUUCGACGAUGUUCAUCCAAAUCCGAAUCAACUUCGUUGGAAACCUUUUGAUAUGCCGACAGGAGUCACGGAUUUCGUCGAUGGUCUUUUUACCGUUUGCGGUGCUGGAGAUCCUAAAACCAGGCACGGAACAGCCAUACACGUGUAUUUAUGUAACGUAUCGAUGACGAAUAAAUGUUUUUACAACGCCGACGGUGAUUUUUUAAUCGUCCCGCAACAAGGAUCGUUAAAAAUCACGACGGAAUUUGGAAAGGUUUUGAUUGAUCCAAAUGAAAUUUUCGUCGUACAGCAAGGAAUGAAAUUUAAGGUUGAAGUUUUUGGACCUAGUAGAGGAUACGUUUUGGAAGUUUACGACGAUCAUUUUAAACUACCCAAUUUGGGUCCAAUAGGUGCCAACGGUUUGGCUAAUCCUAGAGAUUUUUUAACUCCCGUUGCUUGGUUUGAAGAUUUGGAUGUGAAAUAUGAAAUCGUUUCCAAAUAUCAGGGAUCUUUUUUUAAAGCCUUACAAAAUCACAGUCCGUUCGAUGUCGUCGCAUGGCAUGGAAAUUACGUACCUUAUAAAUACGACCUGGAUAAGUUUAUGGUCAUCAACGCGACGCAAUUCGAUCACUGCGAUCCUUCGAUAUUCACGGUUUUGACAUGUCAAUCAUCUAAACCUGGAACAGCAAUUGCUGACUUUGUAAUUUUUCCACCCAGAUGGGCAGUUCAAGAGCACACUUUUAGGCCACCCUAUUAUCACAGAAAUUGUAUGAGCGAGUUUAUGGGACUCAUAAAAGGAAAUUACGAAGCGAAAGAAGAGGGUUUCCUACCGGGAGGUGCUUCUCUUCAUUCUAUGAUGACUCCACACGGUCCUGAUUUUAAAUGUUUUGAAGAUGCAACGAAAGCUGAAUUAAAACCCGUUCGUGUUGCUGAUGGAACACAAGCUUUCAUGUUUGAGAGUAGUUUGAGUUUGGCAGUGACAGAAUGGGGGCAAAAAAUAUGCCAAAAAGUCGAUCCUCAUUAUUAUAAAUGUUGGCAACCACUUCAAAAACAUUUUCCAAUGAUGGAUAAAAAAAUGAAAGGCUUUUAA